AUGUCUCUCCAUGAUCAAUUCCCGGCCUAUGGUGGCCGUGGGCCUAGCGAUUUACGUCUAGGUAUUGCUCUGGGUCUCAUUGCCACUGUCUUUAUGGUUAUGCGUGUUUAUGUGCGUUUAAGAAUUAACAAAUUCGGGACAACCGCGUUGUCAUUUUCACUCCUUGCUUGGUUCUUUACAACACUUACCCAGAUUUUCGGGAUUAUAUCAGUCCUUCAUGGUCUCGGAAACCAUAUCACAACCAUCGCCGAAGUUGGCGAAACCCAUAACUUUCUGCUAUUUACCUGGAUAACGGUGUUCUUCUUCAACCUUGCCAUUCCCACCGGCAAGGUAGCUGUCUCGGCAUUCUUAUUGGAAAUGAAUGGCCCUAGCAAUCCUAAGAUCCGUCGCAGCCUCAUCGCCGUCGCCAUCUUGAACAUCGUGCUCAACAUCCCCCAAGCAUUAUUAGUAUGGUUUCAAUGCAGUCCGGUAGAUGCACUCUGGGAUCCCCUCAGACAAGCAGACUGCGACCACCGAAAGAGCGUCUACUACACCUACUUCGUCGGAGCAGUAGCCGCCCUAUCAGACUUCUACCUCGCGAUUGUCCCCAUUCACAUGCUCAUCCCCCUCCGCAUCGACCGAAAGCUCAAAUGGGGUCUAAGUUUCCUAAUGGGCUGCGGUAUCUUCGCCGGUGUCGCCGCCAUCGUCCGAACCUGGGCUGCAAAGUACAUCCUCACAACAGACUCUUCCUACGGUGUAGGCAUCCUCUUCCGCUGGGGCGAAGUCGAAGAAUGGCUCGUCCUAAUAACAAUGUCCAUUCCACCCGUCUGGCCCCUCUUCCGCCCCUUUACGAACAGAUUCAUCAAAUCGAACUCCUCUCGCAGCGGUCGUCAAUACGCCUAUAAAGAUCCUCAGCCCUAUGGCUCGGUUCCAUUGUACGGAUCAACGGCAGUUGCCAGUCCGUUGUCACCGAAUUUCCCGCCGCCUCUUAUUACGACUACUAUUUCUGUUAAUUCGAUGAAGGAUGGGGGUACGACGGUUGCUAGUUCGAGGGUUUCAGUUGAAAGGGUUCCGUAUAAUGUUAUCUCUGGUGGCAAGGGGGAGCCCUGGGUGGAGAUGAAGGACGUGGAUUUGAACUUGAAGCAGUCCCCUUGA